AUGGAUCCCGAACUGCUGAUCAACUCGCCGGAGUCAGAUGAAGAUCUCUUCGACAUCGGCUACCCGCCAUCCUCGGGUCAGCGGUCGGAUCUAAGCCAAGCAUCCGAACGGAGCCGAGUGCGCUCGGCAAUCGGUGUCCCACACACCAGCCGCCACCGCUCCCACUCAAGCUCCCCCAACGAGAUACCUCCAACUCCAGACAGGUCCCAGGCUUUGUCUACUCCGCCAGCGAGGGCAAACAACCGGGGCCACAACAGGCACAGCCAGCUCCAAUCUCCCCACCACCUGCAGCCUGCCUCAUUCGCAGCUCCCGGCCACUCGCAGCGGCGCACUCGACACGCCUCUCGGACGGAGCCGCGCUCCGAAACGGAGCCCGAACUACGGAGCCCGAACUACGGAGGUGGACACUACACUCUAGCCACAGCAACACCACCCAUCCAGCCAGCCUCCUCAGCCUCCUCCUCUAUCGCCCUUCCCCCGUGUCCCGUCUUGCGCCAGCAGAUUCUCCUAGGUAACUACGUAGACUUAGCUCAACUACUACAGCCAUCAAUCAUAGACACUAGCCAGCCCAGGGAAAUGCAGACCAACUUCGGUUUAGUCAAGCUGCGAAAUCCAUCACCUCUGAGGUCUAAGGACUUAAUCCCCGCAGAGUUCGCCCUAGCUUUUUCCCUUUACCGCGACGUCAUCUGCUCAGUCUACCCCACACGCAGAACCGAGUUAGACGAGUACCUCCUCAUAGAGCUCGACAUGGCCUUACGCUUCGGAGGCUCAGGUUUUUACACUUCGCUAGCCAAGCCGCCGGCCGCAUCAAGCAGUUCAACCAGUUCAACCAGUUCAACCAGGGAACAUACUGGGGCGCUCUGGACUCCGAGCUUUACUGCCACAUCUUUGCAGCACGCCCAUCCCUCUCUUGCCAAUUAUGCGGAGCCCCCUCCCACCCGGCCUCAGCAUGCUCAGUCAGCGCCCCACCACCCGAGCCACCCCGCUCACUCCCCUUUCCAUCAAGAGCUGCCGCCUCAUGCACAUCUGCUCUUUCUGCGGCGGCGCUCAUGCCAGGAGCACCUGCCCUCACAACCCAACUACACCAGCAGAUUGACUAGCACGGCACCUCAGCACACCCAUCAAGGCAUAGCAAUACUGCCCGACACAUCUCACAUCUGCCACAACCUUCAGUCCGCUUUAACAGAACCUCACACCGUCGACACCUUACUGGCCAAAGAAGUCAAAGAAGGAUUCAUGAUAGGCCCAUUCGAUAGUCCCCCCUUUCCAGUGUUCCGCAUCAGUCCAAUAGGCAUAGCUACUCGGAAAUACUCCGGGAAAAAGACGCUCAUAAUAGACCUGUCUUCUCCACACGGCUCAGCCAUCCCGAGCAUUAACAGCGUCAUUCCAAGCCCAGACUUUUCGAUGCAAUACGCAAACAUCGACCACGCCAUCACCCUCAUCCGCUCAGCAGGCUGCGGAGCAUGGCUCUCUAAGGCAGACAUCACCAGUGCAUUCAAGAUCUUGCCUAUUCACCCAGACUUCUGGAGUUUCUUCGGAGUGUACUGGAAGGGAGCGUAUUACUUAUCAGUACGCCUCACAUUCGGCUGCAGAAGCAGUCCCAAAAUCUUCGAUUCCCUUUCAGAAGCUCUGUGGUGGAUCUUGACAAACAACCACAGACUCCCCUAUGUGCUCCAUCUUCUUGACGACUUUCUCAUCGUCACUCCACCAUCCUCACCCCCCUGCCACGGGCUGAGCACACUCAUACAAACAUUUUCAGACCUUGGCAUCCCUCUGUCUGAAGAGAAAACCUCAGGGCCUAAAACCUCCAUCGAGUUUCUAGGCAUCACCCUGGACUCAAUGUCUUUCCAGGCUUCUCUACCCUCAGAGAAAGUACAGCGCAUCACUCUCCUCUUGUCAAACUACUUACAGGUAGACAGAUGCACGAAACGGCAGCUGUUAGCCCUCCUCGGCCACCUAAAUUACGCCAUCCGCAAAAUACCUCAAGCAAAACCCUUCUUGUCCAACCUGCUGAACAGAGCGGCGUCAGUUCCCUCCAUCCACGAUCGACUAGUUCUCGACGACGCAUUCAAAAUGGAAAUGCACCUUUGGCAGGAUUUAUUGUCCUCGUGGAACGGCAUCUCUUUCUUUUAUGAUGACUUCAUUACCAAACCAGAGGAUAUCCAACUCUUCACUGACACAGCCCCCUCCAUAGGCUUUGGCGGCUACUAUGCAGGGAGAUGGUUCUCAUCCACCUGGCCCCCAGAGUUCACAGCUCUCAAUUCACAGACACUUUCCCCUUCAUCCGCACUUCACGAACUGUAUCAUAUCAUCAUAGCUGCCAUUCUUUGGGGGCACGAAUGGUCUAGGAAAGCCAUACUCAUCCACACCAAUAACAGCGCAGUCGUAGAGAUCCUUAACAAAGGCCGAUCUCGCUCCCUAGCCAUCAUGCAGUUCCUUCGCAGACUCACCUUAAUCUCUGCCCAACACCAGUUCAUCCUCAAAGCAGCACACAUCCCAGGUCAUGAGAACGGCAUCGCUGACUCUUUGUCUCGUUUCCAAUUUCAGAAAUUCAGAAACUUGGCCCCAGAGGCGGAUCUCCAUCCCAUACCAGUCCCACCGUUUUCAGCCACCAUAUUCAACUAA